AAAGUGUCACGUUGCGUGGAAAUGGCCACGCGCUGCUUUCCCCUCGGAGGACUUAACUCCAUUUAAAAAAAAUAAAAAAAAGUGUGUAAAAAGGGAGAAGGGGGGGGGGCUCAGGAGGGAGCAUGUGACCGCAUAAGGACGCUCACAUGGCCGCCGCGGUGAUCCGCUUUUAGCCCCGCAGCCGAAGCAGCGGAGAGCGGAGACGUCCGGAGGAGCCGAGGCGUCCCACCCCGCACUCAUCAUGGCGGACGGCGGGCAGAAAGUGGUGCUGAUCACCGGCUGCUCCUCCGGCAUCGGCCUGCGAAUCGCCGUCACGCUGGCCAAGGAUGAGAAGAAGCGUUACCAUGUCGUCGCCACCAUGCGGGACCUGAAGAAGAAGAGCAAGCUGGUGGAGGCGGCGGGCGACGCCUACGGGAAGAACCUGGUGUUGCUCCCGCUCGACGUGUGCAGCAACGAAUCGGUCAAGCAGUGCGUGGACAACAUUAAGGACCGCCAUAUUGAUAUCUUAAUCAACAACGCCGGCGUGGGCCUGCUGGGCCCCGUGGAGAGCAUCAGCAUCGACGAGAUGAAGCGGGUGUUCGAGACCAACUUCUUCGGCGUGGUGCGCAUGAUCAAGGAGGUGAUGCCCGACAUGAAGAAGAGGCGCUCGGGACACAUCGUGGUCAUGAGCAGCGUCAUGGGUCUUCAGGGGGUGGUCUUCAAUGACGUUUACACCGCCUCCAAGUUCGCCAUGGAGGGCUUCUGUGAGAGCAUGGCGGUGCAGCUCAUGAAGUUCAACGUCAGGUAA